AUGAAUACGAAGCUCGCCGACGAAAAGCUUACCCUGUGCCACGUUUUCUCGGAGACUCGGGAUGGAAAUACGAAGCAGCCGAUGGAAACAAAUCGUGCUCGCGAGGUUUGCCCCGCCCGAUAUGCGGGAUUCCAGCGACGACUGGACGGGGGUAACGAGCAGAGCGGAGAGGAAGAGAAGGCAAAACCGCCUAAACCAAAGGGCGCACCGUCGGCGGAAGAAUGGCCAGCAAGCGGGGCCGCCCUCCGGAACGGAAACGGAAGAACUCCAGGUCGUACCGUCCCCGGCCUCGACCUGGACGCCGCCGCCGCCGAGUCGAAGUCGCUAUCGGUCCCCUUGGCAGUGGCCUUUAUGCUGGAUGAACUGUCAGCCCAGCACGAAGGUCUGCUCGUGAUGACGUGCCCACGGACGGUAGAGAAGAUGCGAGGGUUCCUACGCGAGGCCUACCAGGACUUUGUCCUCCACGCGCCCAAGGUGGACCGCCUCCCGUCCAUCAUCCGGCUCAACCUGAUUGACGCCCUCGCGCGCAACGCCAUACACAUCGGCUUCGACCCGCGCAAUAUUUGCAGCGAGGAGCUCAUCUCCCCGCUCAAUAUGCUCGGGCCCAUGGCGCCCGGGAGUAGCAGUUCCACCGCCGUCGCGCUGCGGUGGCUGGACGACUGCGACGUCAGCGACGUCACCAGCUCCAACGACAGCAACCACGACGACAGCGACGGCGGCGGCAGCGAAGUCGGGUCGAGGGCCUCUGUCGCCUCGCGCCACUUCCGCGAUAACCUCGUGCGCGAGGUCGACGCCGGGCGCCUCGACGACGACGAGCUGUGCCUCGACAUUAUCCAGUUCGCCGGCGGGGCGGACGGCCGCGCCCCGCCCUCAUCGUCUGGGGCGAGUCGUCAGACUGGCGCAACUGGGAGCUCACGGGGGAUUUCUUGA